AUACGGAACAACACUUCUCUCCGUUCUCGUCGAGGAGAAGUUCGUACCGGGCACCGGUUUAUUUCAAAACUACGUUCAUCACUCACCAUAUAUAUUCGCAAACCCCCCUUCUAUUUCUCUCGCUCAAAAUCGCUAGGGUUCCAUUGUCGCCAAUGAAGUGAAACGAUGUUGCCUAAAUUGGAUUCUGAAUUUGAGGCCGCGGAGAGAAGGGAGUGUUCUUCCAAUGCGUCGCUUGUGCCGGCGAAGUCCCAACAACAACCUAAGGCUAGCUUUACGCUGCCGCACUUGAAGUGGCCGAGAAGCCAGACGAGCAAUUACCAUCGGGGACGUAGACUGGAGGGCUCAUCGCCGCCGUCGGGGACGGUGGCUGAGGGUGAUGGUCUCCGGCAAUCUCCAGCUUCGAGUUCAGCUGGGCGAGUGAAGUCUCCGGCGGGUGAAUCCGACCGGCGACGGACUCCGGUGCGUGAUUCUGCCGGCGAGGGAUCGGGUCACGCGUCGGAGAAUCGGAAAACAUCGGUACCUGAAAGUGGCAAGAAUGGCGAGCCUAAUCAAACGAUCGAGAAAUCGGAGAAAGGAUCGGCGGCGUCGGGUGUUGAUGUUGCUGGGGGUAAGGAAGUCAGGGUGAAGUUAUGUAUUCGAAUCCCUGCAAAACGUGCAGUUGAUGGCGCUCAAGAUGAAUUCAAGACUGGUACUGAAGGUGGAGAAGUGGAAGAAUCGGCGGCCAAGACGUGGAAUUUAAGGCCCAGAAGGGCGGCGCGCAUGCCGCCGGAUGCGAAUGGGGGGACGUCUAAAGUUGGGGGGUCCUUGCCGGAGAAUAAAGCUCAUUCGCAACAGGUGGCGCAGUUUCGAGAUGGUCCUCACGCCGACGUUGUAGAGAAGAAGGAGAAGAGGCGAAAAUUUUCAGUUUCUCUUUCUCGGCAAGAGAUUGAAGAGGAUUUCUUUGCAAUAACUGGAUCAAAACCAACAAGAAAGCCAAAGAAAAGAACAAGGACCAUUCAGAAACAACUGGACUAUUUGUUUCCGGGUCUCUGGCUGGACGAGAUAUCCCCGGACUUGUACAAAGUUGCCGAACCUUCUACCAAGGGUUAGAUGCAGGUGCAACUGCAAAUGUAUUCUGGAAGUCUCAAGUCCCGUGUCUCCCAAAUUUUGUGACCUCAUCCGAAGGUAUAACCAACCAAAUAACAAUGGCAGAAGAGGAAAUAAGCACAUAUUUUGCUUAUGUUUGUUCCAUCUGCUUUGCAGUGGUCUCAAACAAUUGAAAGAAAGUUUAUCCUUUUAGUUUCUACAAGCAGAUGAGAUGUAUAUAUGAAUUAUCUAAUUACAUAAUAGAGUUUUAUUUUUAAGCCCUAAACUUGUUCCUUUAAGGUGAUUUGCUGCUUAGCUAUAUUACAUGCAGAGAGGCAGUUUGAGAUUUAUAUAGUUGAGCCGACAUUGCUGGCGUACAGUUGAGAAUUCCUGUUAUGGUUAAUUACUUAAGUAAAGGUGUUUUUGCGAUAGUAAUGAUGUUGGGUUUG